CAUAUAAAUCAGAGUAGAAAUGUCGAUCAUUAUGACUGAUUUUGUGGUGUAAUAUAUCUUUAACUCAUGUUAUAACAUAAAGGCUUGAAAUAAUUUAAAUAGUCUGCUCGCAGUGUCAUCCAUGUAACGAACAGGACAUUAUAAAGUGAUAAUAAAAAAGAUGUAGGAUUUCUCCACCAUGCGCAGUCGGGUCAGAGCUGGCGUAACAUCCACAACAACUUUCUGCCGAGUCAUCGGGACAGACACGCACCUCCGGCCCGACAACUGCGCGUUUCUCUCCAGGUCCGCUCAUCCAUCGUUGGCACCGGACAGGACUGAGAUGUCAGGCGCGGUGAAAGAUGAACCGAGAGCACCGAGUGAUCGUCAGAGGUGUGAAAGGAUCCACGUUGCAGUCAAAAGUCUCACGGAGAGCAAAGACUACACCGUCAGAGCAGGCUGCACCGUCAGACAGCUGAAAGGAGGUCUAGCAGAGCGCAUGGGAGUCCCAGCAGAGCAGCUGGUACUGAUCCACUCCGGCCGGGUGCUCAGAGAGUCAGAACUCCUGAGUCACCUUAAAGGACAAGAUGACUCAGUCAGCAUCUGCAUGAUCCAAAGGCCUCAGCAUUCAUCUCCUGCACCCACCAAUGAUCCAGCUCCAGAAACAGUCCAGUCAGACCUCACAGUCCUUCUCAACCCUGAUAACUUCACACCAUCUCCUACCUCUCCCCUGUGCCUGGUGGAAGGUCUGGACAAUCUAGGCCUAACAAACAGCGGUCCCGGCUUCUUCCCUGCUCUCCAGCGCCAGAUGGAGAGCCAGUUGCUAGCUGACCCAGAGAUGAUGUGUCGUCUCCUGAACAGCCCUUUUGUUCAGAACACCCUUUCCAACUCCAGCCCUCAACUAGCCAGACAGCUCAUUCAGUCUAAUCCCCAAAUUCAGCAGCUCUUGCAGACAAACCCAGAGGUGGAAGAUAUGCUUAACAACACAGGUGUCAUCACGCAGGUGCUGGAGCUAAUCAGAAACCCUGACAUGAUAGAGGAAAUGAUGCAUCAUGGUGACAGAGCAUUAGACAAUUUGCAGCCAGAGCAGGGCAACCCUGAAACCACUGGUGAUUCUGAUUCUGGCUUUCAGAACACUGACACAAAAAGGCUCAAAUUAUCGCAGACCCAAACAGUGGUACCCCCAGUGGUGACUACAUCAUCUGAGCAUCAACAGCCAGCUGAAAAAGAAAGCAAGCAGACUCCACCCUUCUCUAGUCACUCUACAGAUCCUCUCAGAGGACUGACUGCCACGCCCAGAGCUGAUCCAAACCCUCAGAGCACGGUUACUGCAGGCAUGCAGUCGCUGCUAGAGGAGAUCACAGCCAGUCCAGGACUGAUGGAGAGCCUGCUGUCUGGGCCGUAUGUCAGCAGCCUGUUGAAUUGCCUCAGCCAGAACCCUGACCUGGCUGCUCAGAUGCUGCUGAGCCACCCUUUGUUCUCAGGAAAUCCUCAGCUGCAGCAGCAGAUGAGAGAGCAGAUCCCUCUCUUCCUGCAACAGAUGCAGGGUCCAGAGCUGCUGUCAGCCAUGUUAAACCCCAGAGCCAUGGAGGCUCUGCUACAGAUCCAGCAGGCCUUACAGACUCUGGCUGCAGAGGCUCCUGCACUGAUACCCACAGCUGGUCUUGGAAACAUCGGAGCCAAUGCUAAUACUGCCCCUGAGCUGGGAUCUAACAACCAAUCAGGAAGUGGUCCUGGGGUUGCCACGGUGACUGAGCGGCAGCAGCAGCAGUUUGUACAACAGAUGCUACAGGCGCUGGCUAACAGCAAUUAUGGGGUCCAUGGUGAGGAGUUCCAGGAAGAACUGGAGCAGCUGAGCUCAAUGGGCUUCGGAGACAGACACGCUAAUCUUCAGGCCCUGAUCAGCACAGGAGGGGACCUCAACACUGCUGUACAACAUCUGCUCAACCUCUGACACACACACACACACACACACACACACACACACACACACACACAAACAAAUGUUGAUCUGUGCACAUAUACAUAUGUAUCUGAAUGCACACGUACUAAUAUGUAAGCUUCACCUAAGCUGAAACGUAAUAAUAGUGAUAAAAAGUGCUUCACAAAAAAAAAAAAGCCAUAUUUAUAGUGCAGUACUAUAAGAUACUUAUAUCCAUUCCUCAAUUUCCAAUACUAACCUCUGUCUGCAGUAGUUAGUAAGGGUCUGUACAGGUAGUUAAAUCCACCACCCAUAUGUAGACUUGUAGCAAUCACAUACAUAUUCAGAGGUAGGCCAUGAAUUAUUAAUGUCUGUGCAACACUACAAAGCUCAGGCCUCUUUUCAUCUUACCACCUGGCCAGUAAUGAAUGCUUGUAACACCCAGAGACUGAUCAGAUGUCCUGGUUCACACCUUCAUUCUCAACAGUCCUUUGCUGCUCUUGUCUUGUCUACACAUCGGAUAAUUACAAUUUGUCUCCAAACUUAGACUUAGCUCCAAAAGAUGGAUGACUUUGCACGAAGCCAAAAGGGGCUUGAAUGUCAACGUUUAUCUCAAGGCCACACAGGCAGAAAAAGUCUGAUUCGCACAGUUAAUCUUCUCAAGAAACUCUCACAAGAAAAAUUAUAUCGGGCGUGAAAAAAUGGAUUUGGGUCCAAAUCUUAGGGGGAAAAAAAUGUAGUUCUUCUGAAACUUCCAACACAGCCUGUCCUGAUAAUAAUUUACUUUACAUUGAUGAGGCUGGUCUUUAAAAACCCUUUGUGCCUAACUAUCAUUCACUGCACUGACUAAAACCUGAGAUUUGUUGUUAUAUCCAGUAAAUACACUAUGCUAUGGUGUUAUUGUGCCAUAAGGAGUGGGUGCACUGUGUCCCUUUGGAUUUCACUACAAAACAACUAACUGAGCCACAUACUUUCACUCAUCUAGCUGGUUUGUAAUCAAAAAAAUGAAUUAAUUACUUUUUGUGUCAGGCAACAUAAUUCUGUUGUCCCACAUUUAUGUAUUUAUGCACAUUUUAUCUCAAAUUUAUGAUAAUGUCCUUCUUUGUAAAGCAUGUUAUGUUCCCUUCAUGUCUCUGUGGUUAUUGUAGUGUUACCAGUUACCAGUGAUAGGGUUCACCAUACAGUUAAUUAAAAAAAAUGGCUGCUCUAAAUUUCAUUAUCGAUUAAUCUGUCGUUUUAAUCAGUUUUUCUUUCUUGGUUGAUAUGUUAUAUAUCAUUUUAUCUAUAAUAUGUCCGAAAAUAGGAAAAAUGUCUUUCAUAGCUUCCCAGUGAUAACUUUAAAAUACUUGUUUUGCUCAGCUAAAAGUCCGAAAAUGUUAAAUUUGUAAUCAUAUUAAACAGAGAAAAGCAAAAAUUAAAUCGUCACAUUUAAGUAGCAGAAAACACGUAACACAUACUCAGAGUUGGUGUAGUGAUCACGAGCGUCACAUGACAAUCUCAAUAAAGACAUAAGCCAAACACAAA